AUGGUUAAAACAUAUUUCCUAUCUGUGCUAAAAUGGUUUCCUCUUUUUUUUUUAUUUUUUGUUAGUAAAUGUGUUAGUAAAUGUGUUAGUAAAUGUGUACAUAAUGAAAAACACUUUUCAAAAAAUUCCCAAAACUAUAUGAAUUAUAUAAGUAUGGAAAAAAAUAGCACAGCUAACAUGUAUAACUGUAAGUAUUCUUUCUUAAAUGCAAAUACUACAACUAUUUGCUCCUAUGGGAAAAAGGAUAACACAAGUAAUAAGUAUGACUAUGGCAGUUGGAAUAAAAGGAAGAGAAACAAGUGGGGAAGAGAUUAUUUAGAGGCACAUAAAAUAGAUCAGGAAAAAAUAAAAAGAAAAAAAAAUUACCAUUAUGCAAUGAAACAUAUGUAUGAUAAGAACGGAAGAAGGAUUAAAGACAUAAAUAAGGAAAAGAAAUCCUUAAGAAAAAAAAAAUUAUUUGAUUAUGAAGGAUUUAAGGUAGAUCAAAUUUUUACUUGUCUUCCUGAAGAGGAUAUGCAAGAAUUACGUGAAGAAGAAUUAAAAAGAAAGUCAGGUGAAAUUUUACAUAAUAAUAAAUAUAUUGAUACCUAUGGUGUUGAAUCGGAUACAGACUUGGAUAACUUGUGA